AUGUUAUCCCUAUAUUGGUUAGGAAGCUUCAUAUUUUUUGUUAUUCUUAUUGCUAUUGCUAGAUUUAUAUACUAUAGAAUAUAGGACCAGGGAAUGUAAAGAUUCCAUAAUGAAUAGACAAAUGAAAUAAAUCCAGAUAUUGAAAGUGAAGUGAAAAGAAAGGAGUAGGAAAGACUUGAAGAGGAAAAAAAGAAGUAGGAAAGACUUGAAGAGGAAAGAAAGAAGUAGGAAAGACUUGAAGCGGAAAAAAAGAAGUAGGAAAAACUUGAAGAGGAAAGAAAGGAGUAGGAAAGACUUGAAGCGGAAAAAAAGAAGUAGGAAAAACUUGAAGAGGAAAGAAAGGAGUAGGAAAGACUUGAAGAGGAAAAAAAGAAGUAGGAAAAACUUGAAGAGGAAAGAAAGAAGUAGGAAAGACUUGAGGAAAAAAAGAAGUAGGAAAGACUUGAAGCGGAAAAAAAGAAGUAGGAAAAACUUGAAGAGGAAAGAAAGAAGUAGGAAAGACUUGAGGAAAAAAAGAAGUAGGAAAGACUUGAAGAGUAAAGAAAGGAGUAGGAAAGACUUGAGGAAAAAAAGAAGUAGGAAAGACUAAGAAUUAAAGAAGAAAGUUAAAAGCAAUUAAUGCAAUAAGAGUUAUAACCAAUAAGUUAUUAAUUUAAGAUAUAAUAAGAAAUUAGUACUAAACCAGUUUAGCAAUAAAUAUAAAUAUUAAACUCUGAAAUAAAAAAAAUCGAUAAUAAUAAUAAUCUUUCGAAUAAUAAGAAAUAAUAUUAUAAACAUUAAUACCAAUAAUAACUAGUUUAAAAAUUAAAAGAUUAAGGCGAUGCUAAAUCAAUUCCCCAUGUAAGAUAGAAUAUUGAUUCUUCAAACCCUGAAGUGGCACUUUUUGUUCUAAAAGAAUCAUUAUUAAGAGAUUAAAAUAGAGAAUUAUUAACAACUAGUCAAGAAUAUUCAUUUGGAUUUGAUUCAAUAAUAGGAUCUUAUGGCUCAGAAUAAUCUUGUUUAAAAGUUAGAAAUAAAAAAUUUGAUUAUGAUAAAAUUAUGAAUGACAAUCAAAUAUUACAAUAACAUUUAUUAGAUUUUUAAUAAAAACUAUCAAGUUCACUUAAUAUUUCAAUUGAUUAAAUUGAAAUUUUAGGAGUAUCAAAGGGAAGCUUUGAAAUUAGUUUUAAUAUUACCGGUAUUGACAAGGAUUAAAUUUUAAAAGAGAUUAACGAUAAUAAAAAUGCAAAGAAAUUCUUAAAUGAAUAUUGUAAUGGCAAAGUUGAAUACCUACAAUAUUUUGAUAGUGCCAAAAAUUCAGCAAAAGGAGUAACUCUUUCUUCAGAUGAUUUUAGUCCUAAAUACAAUAGGAAUUGGGAUGGUUUUCAUGAGAAAGAAUAGAGAGGACCUUCAUAUCAUAGAUAUGAUUAUUAUUUUCCUAGAGGUUGCUAUGGAUUUGGGUUAAACAUAAAAAAGUAUGGAAAUGAUGAUUGGGUAAAAAUAAAUGGCAAUAUUAAUGAAUGGAGAAUUCUGUAUCAUGGUACUAACCAAGUUGCUGUUAAUCCAAUUGUGAGAGAUAAUUUAACUGCAGGGGGUGGAUAGUUUUACAAAGAUGAUGAAUGUAUAAAUGAGUUUGGAAAGAAAGUUAAAGUUGGAAAAGGAAUUUAUUUUUCCGAUAAAAUAUCAGUUUCUAAAGAAUAUUCACCUCCUAUCUAGACAGGAAAUAAGAGAUUUAGUAUUUAUUUCAUGUCUAGAGUAAACCCAAAAAAAAUUAGAUAAAGUGAUAGGAUGAAAUAAAAAAAUUAUUUUGUAGUUAAUAGCUCAGAAGAUGUUAGAUCAUAUAGAAUUCUAAUUUAGGAAGAUUUAUGA